CAGAGAGUGCGUGUAAAGAGAAAAGCUGGGAUUGGCAAGCCACCCCACAUGUAGCAAAGGCUACAGACUAUCCCCCAAACAUAUACCAAAAAAUAUAUACAGAAUUGUGUAUAUUUUUAGCCCAGAACCACAAAAAAAACAAACACAUAGAGUCAAACACCAAAAAAAGUUGUACCUAAUUUGUAAAGAUUUAUCAAACAGAAAAAGAUGGCAGGUGGUGGUUUUGUUUCACAGGGAAAUGCAGUCGAUUAUGAGGGCAAAGUUACAGCCUUUGUAAUUAUAGCUUGUUUAGUCGCUGCUACUGGCGGUCUUCUUUUUGGUUAUGACAUUGGUAUCUCAGGUGGGGUUACAUCAAUGAAUGAGUUUUUACUUAAGUUCUUCCCGGAAGUAUAUGCAAAGGAGCAACUCGCGAAAGGGCAGGGAAACCAGUAUUGUACAUUUAACAGUGAAACCUUGACGCUCUUUACGUCGUCCUUGUAUCUAGCAGCCUUGGUUGCUUCCUUCUUUGCUUCUGCAACAACAAAAGCAUUGGGGAGGAAGGUCUCUAUGCUCAUUGGUGGCUUAGUUUUCCUUGCUGGUGCUCUCGUCAAUGGAGCUGCAAUGAAUGUUGCAAUGCUCAUCAUUGGCCGUCUCUUGCUCGGUGUUGGCAUUGGUUAUGCUAAUCAGUCUGUUCCGGUGUACCUCUCAGAAAUGGCGCCCCCAAAGAUUAGAGGUGCAUUGAACAUUGGUUUCCAAAUGGCUAUCACUAUUGGUAUACUCAUUGCCAAUUUGGUGAACUAUGGAACAGCACAAAUGAAGCACAAUGGAUGGAGAGUCUCUCUAGGUUUGGCAGUUGUACCUGCUAUUAUCAUGACUAUCGGAUCAGUCUUCCUACCAGACACACCCAACUCUUUGAUUGAGAGGGGCCAAAAGGAGGAGGCAAAGAAAAUGCUGGUGAAAAUCCGGGGAACCGACAAUGUGGACAGGGAAUAUAAUGAUCUUGUCGAGGCAAGUGAAGCAUCAAAUGUAUCCCCUACGCCAUGGAAGGAUAUGCUCGCGAGAAAGCACAGGCCUCACCUUACCAUUGUCGUCCUCAUUCCAUUUUUCCAGCAACUCACUGGCAUCAAUGUCAUCAUGUUUUAUGCCCCUGUCCUUUUCAAGACUCUUGGCUUUGGUGAUGAUGCUGCCCUUGUAGGUGCUGUUGUCACCGGGUUAGUCAAUGUCUUUGCUACUCUGGUGUCAAUCUUCAGCGUCGACAAGUUCGGAAGAAGAGUUCUGUUCCUUGAAGGUGGAAUCCAGAUGAUUAUCUGCCAGUUUGCUGUUGGAGGUUUGAUUGCAACAGUUUUCGGAACAACUGGGGUGGGAACCUUCACCAAGACUCAAGGAGACAUCGCCCUGUUCUUGAUCUGCUUGUACGUUGCUGCAUUCGCAUGGUCAUGGGGACCCUUGGGAUGGUUGGUGCCCAGUGAGAUCUUCCCUCUGGAAAUCCGAUCAGCUGGUCAAUCCAUCAACGUGUCGGUUAACAUGCUCUUCACCUUCUUCAUCGGACAGCUCUUCCUCAACAUGCUUUGCCACUUAAAGUUUGGCCUCUUCUUUUUCUUUGGUGGAUUCGUGAUCAUCAUGACUGCAUUCAUCUACUUCUUCUUGCCCGAAACCAAGAAUGUGCCCAUUGAAGAAAUGAACAGAGUCUGGAAGGCACAUUGGUUCUGGGGCAAGUACAUCCCAGAAGAUGCUGUUGGCCUUGGGACUCACCACAAAUCCAUUGAAGUAGUUUGAGGCGGAAUUCAUUGGUUACAAGUUAAUUUGAACAAACAUCUAUAUUUAGAUUAUUAAACCAACAAGAAAAAAUGAAAACGAAAAGAAAAACAAGAAAUCAAGAGUGAUGGGAAGAAGGAUUUGUGUGCAUUGUAUAUCCAUACAAGCAUAUGAAUUUUGUCUUCCCCUCCCUCUAUAUCAAGUUUUGUUUUGAUUCUUGGAAAAUCCAGGUUUCUGGGUUUAUAUCAUUUAUAUAUGUCAGAGAAACUAUCAAUCAAUUCAAUAAGAUCUCUUUAAAAGUUUUGCUCA